CAGAAAUUUCCUAUUUCAACGCUGCCGAUAGGAUAAAUACCUUACUUCAAACCAGCCAAACAACUUCACCUCUACUAAAAACGAGCUUUUUAUCAAGAAGUCUCAAUAAUCUCACAAAGUGUUUCAGUCUAUUAAACGAUUAAGUAUGUCUUUUCAAGUAACUCCCAUUUGGAUGUGGAAGGGUUCAGGCAAUAACUAUGCUUACCUUUUAACCUGCGAGAAGACCCGCGCCAGUGCUAUUAUUGAUCCAGCUGAACCAACUGCUGUUCUACCUGUUUUGGAAAAGAAGGCAGACUCAAAAGAGAUUGACCUUCAAUAUAUAUUAACCACUCACCAUCACUCUGACCACGCUGGUGGAAACGGUGCUGUUUCAUCAGCUUUUCCUUCUGCUAAGGUUUUUGGCGGCAAGUAUGCACAGGCUGUAACUCACACUCCGAAGAAUAAGGAGACAUUCAAGGUUGGUGAAAUUGAUGUACAAGCUCUUCAUACGCCCUGUCACACUCAAGAUAGUAUCUGCUACUACGUGUCUUCCCCUUCCAAGCGUGGUGUCUUUACUGGUGACACUUUGUUUACUGCUGGUUGUGGUCGCUUUUUUGAAGGUGACGCUCGAGAAAUGCAUCAUGCAUUGAACACUGUUUUGGCGUCUCUUCCUGAUGAUACUAUAACAUAUCCUGGUCACGAAUAUACCAAAUCGAAUGCCAAGUUUGCAUCCACUGUGCUUUCAAACCCCGAACUUACCAAGCUUAUUGAUUACUGUUCCAAGAACGAGUCCACAACAGGCAAGUUUACCCUUGGCGAGGAAAAGCAAUUUAACCCCUUCAUGCACUUGGAUGCUCCUGACGUUCAGAAGGCCGUCAACUCCAAGGAUCCUGUUACCAUUAUGAACACCUUAAGAACCAUGAAGAAUAACUCUUAGGGAAUUUGAAAUGAUGUUGAAAUCAGCUAUUUUACAAUAAAGGUUUUCUGUGUUUUUGUUUUACUCUGUUCUAACGAAUUUAUAUUUGUUAAAUACCUUUUGCAAAGUGUAUAUAAUGACUUACUUUAUUUUCGUAAUUUAUGAAUUUACCAUUUUUUGAACAUGCAACGCAACAUACUGUCGAGGGACGUCUUAAAAAAGCACCGUUCUAUUUACUAAGGAAUCGUUGUCCAGCUCGUUAGUGAACUUUGCAUGAUCUAAAUUAAUUUAAGGCACUGCAAAGUAUCAUUGUUAAAUACAUAAUAUUGUUGGUGUGUCAAAUCGUAUAUAAAACAAGCUAUUUUUAAUUUUC